AGGCUUGGCCGGCUGCUCAACUUUCUCUUCUACCUCUCCCUGGUGGCGGCGGCCGCCUUCUCCGGCUGGUAUGUCCAUCACGUCCUGGAAGAGGUCCAGCAGGUCCGGCGUGGCCACCAGGACUUCUCCCGUCAGAGGGAUGAGCUGGGCCAGGGCUUGCAGGGCGUCGAGCAGAAGGUACAGUCUCUGCAAGCCGCAGUCGGGACCUUCGAGUCCAUCCUGAGAAGUUCCCAGCAUAAACAGGAUCUCACAGAGAAAGCCGUGAAGGAAGGGGAGAGUGAGAUCAACCGUAUUAGUGAAGUUCUACAGAAGCUGCAGAAUGAGAUUCUCAAAGACCUGUCGGACGGGAUCCACGUGGUGAAGGAUGCCCGAGAGCGGGACUUCACGUCCCUGGAGAACACGGUCGAGGAGCGUCUGACGGAGCUCACCAAGUCCAUCAAUGACAACAUCGCCAUCUUCACCGACGUACAGAAAAGGAGCCAGAAGGAGAUAAAUGAGGUCAAGAUGAAGGUUGCCUCCUUGGAAGAAUCCAAGGGGGACCGCAGUCAGGACGUGAAAGUCCUGAAGGAAGCCGUGAAGGAGGUGCAGGCCUCCAUGAAGUCUCGAGAGAGGGACAUCGAGGCCCUCAAGAGUUCCCUUCAGACCAUGGAGUCCGAUGUCUACACAGAGGUCCGGGAGCUAGUGAGCCUGAAGCAGGAGCAGCAGGCAUUCAAGCAGGCGGCCGACUCAGAGCGCCUGGCUCUGCAGGCCCUCACGGAGAAGCUUCUGCAGUCCGAAGAGUCCUCCUCUCGUCUCCCAGAGGACAUCAGGAGACUGGAGGAAGAGCUGCAGCAGCUGAAGGUGGGAGCCCACGGGUCAGAGGAGGCCGUGGUCUUCAGAGACUCGAAAGCCUUCGACGAACUCCAGAAGCAGAUGGAGGGCCUAGGCGCCAGGCUCCAGUAUGUAGAGGACGGGGUCUACUCGAUGCAGGUGGCUUCUGCGAGCCACACUGAGAGCCUGGAGUCGCUCCUGUCCAAGAGCCAGGAGUACGAGCAACGCCUGGCCAUGCUGCAGGAGCACGUAGAAAGCCUGGGGCCUAUCUCUGACCUGGCCAGCACGGUGAGGAGCCUGGAGGAGACCCAGCUGGCGCUCUCCAGCGACUUGAAGGGGCUGAAGCAAGGCUUGGGUGAGCUGCCAGGGACUGUGGAGUCGCUGCAGGAGCAAGUGCAUUUGCUGCUCAGCCAGGACCCAGCCCAGGCCGCGGGCUUGCCUCCUCAGGACUUCCUGGAUAGACUCUCCUCUCUAGACAACCUGAAAUCCUCAGUAAGCCAAGUGGAAUCAGACUUGAAAAUGCUCAGGACGGCUGUGGACAGUUUGGUUGCCUACUCUGUUAAAAUCGAAACGAACGAGAAUAGCUUAGAGUCCGCCAAGGGCCUGCUGGACGACCUUCGGAAUGAUCUGGAUAGGUUGUUCGUGAAAGUCGAGAAGAUCCAUGAAAAGAUCUGAACGAACCGGGUGUGUGGGCCCACUUUCUUACGACCAAAAAAACAAAACAAAACAAAAAAAACCCAUUGUUUCCUCCCAGGUGCCCUCCCCGCCACCUUCUCGGCCCUGCCCCACCCCAUGGAGAGCAGCAGACACCAGCUGAAGGUGUUCCGGCUCUGGUUAAUUUGUGUGCAGAUAUUACCACAUGCCUUUGGUUUCUUAAGUCCUGUUUCUGCUUUUGGUUAGGCUUCCUGAAGGCCCAGCCCUGUGCAGAAAAGGAUGGGUCUCCUGCUAGGAAGAUGAUGGCUGUGGCUUUAACUGGGGAUUAUCAGGAAGCAGAUUAACCUUAAAAAAAAAAAAUCCUGUCAGGCUGACAGAUUUAUAGUAAAAUAGAAAAAAACAACAAAGAACAGGUGGGGGGCACGUUUUUUUUAGUCUUUAAAGAAAAUUAAUUUUAUUGUUUUUUUUUUUAUACUCCUAGCCAGGGUUUUUAUGAGCUGGCCCUUAACUUGUCUUCCAUUUAGAACUGGUAAAAACUCGUAGAUGUCAGCUCUGAAUGGGUGAAAGAGGCCCCCCUCCCCCAACCUGCCUGAGGGUCACUUUCAGAAGCAUGGUGUCUCUGUCUCUCUCUCUCUCUCUCUCUCUAAUCUAGUCAUAAGGUAACUAUGCAAAUGUGUCACCAGGCUAGGCUGGGUCACCAAGUAAAUUUGGGACCCUAGAGGGGGAGGUUCUUCGGGUUCUGAUGUGAGAGCUGUCUUUUCCACAAAGGAUUCGGGCAUCACCCUGGGAGAUGGAGGCCAGGCCUUUUUGUUUUAUCACAGGACCUCUGGAGAGGUCUCUGCCCCUGUCUGUCAGUGAGGAUCACGUGUGCUGCAUGUGUUCUCACUGUACCCUCGCCCCUUUGAGAGGUAUUGUCUUUAAUGACUGCCUUGCCCUUCCCACCCCCCACCCCCCAAAAAAAGAAAAAAAGAAAAAAACUGAAAAGAAAAACAAAGUUUGUUAGUUUACUGUGAAAUGAACUGUAUGGCUUAUUUACAGUAUUUUUAAUUCUUAAUAAACACUUGAGCUUUGUUAUGAUCUUCAG